UUUGGUCCAAUCCAAACCUCUCUGUGUGUUUUCUCACGCCCCCUUCCACGUCGACCUGCACUCUCGCCAUAUUUUCAACCGUGUAGAGUCCCCGCAGCCCGGUUUUGAGCCACCAAGUUGAGGAGGAGAAGAAAGCGUUAAGUGUGUAAAAAAAGAAAGAAGAAGAAGUUGUAUUUGCUUUAGCUUCCUAGCUGUGUCUGCUCAUCUCCUCAUCCCGCAACGAUGAACAUCUUCAGACUGACAGGGGACCUCUCUCAUCUGGCUGCUAUCAUCAUCCUGCUGCUCAAAGUGUGGAAAAGCAGGUCAUGUGCAGGUAUCUCUGGAAAGAGCCAAAUCCUGUUUGCCAUAGUGUUCACCACACGCUACUUGGAUCUGCUCUCCUCGUUCAUCUCCCUCUAUAACACAUGCAUGAAGGUGAUCUACAUCGGAUGUGCGUAUGCCACAGUCUACCUGAUCUACGUGAAGUUCAGGGCCACCUACGAUGGCAACCACGACAGCUUCAGAGUGGAGUUCCUGGUUGUUCCUGUCGGAGGUCUCGCUGUUCUCAUCAACCAUGACUUCUCUUUCCUAGAGAUCCUGUGGACCUUCUCCAUCUACCUGGAGUCAGUGGCAAUCCUGCCUCAGCUCUUUAUGAUCAGCAAGACCGGCGAGGCGGAAACAAUCACCACCCACUACCUGUUCUGCCUGGGCAUGUAUCGGGCUCUCUAUCUCUUCAACUGGAUCUGGCGUUUCUACUUCGAAGGCUUCUUCGACAUGAUCGCCAUUGUGGCCGGUGUGGUACAGACUAUCCUGUACUGUGACUUCUUCUACCUUUAUGUCACCAAAGUGUUGAAAGGCAAGAAGCUGAGCCUGCCGGCGUAAAAACGCACAGGAGACAGCGACUCCCAGCAGACUCAGGGGGUGUGGAGAUGACAUCUUGUAAUCUCGUGACCUACAGCAAAAGAUCCCUGAGACAGAGAGCCAGCUAUUGGGGAAAAACACUAGUCUUCUUGAUGAUUACUGAUGGAACUGGUAAAUGCCAACAAACACCAGAGCUGAACAAAGAUCAUCCCUGGUUCAACCUUUGGAUUUCUGUGUUCAGCAUCUUGCCUUAAACUUCUUUUCAUUGCUGUUCAAAAUAGGAGAAAAGGCUUUUUUUUUUUUCUUUCCUCUUUUUUUUUUUACAUGUGAGGUGAAUACGCUUAUUUUUUAUUUUUUUAUAAUGUCACAAAUAGGGUCGACUCUGAGAAGUACCUUGUUUGGCUUGGUAAUGAAAUGCACAAAUGUACAGUCUUAUUAAAGAGUGAGAUAAAGAGUAAUGUAUCGAGUGCCUGAUGAGGAUUAUGUCCGGUGUCUCACAGUAUUUUUUUUUCUUUUUUUACUUUUGGAUUUUCUUUUGUCUCUAACUGUAUGCAUAUACUGUAAUACAUGUACUCUCUCUUGGAGAUAUUUAAGGAGGCCAACAACAACAAGUUUCACAUCAACACGUGCAUCCAUUUUGUAAAAACGUUGCUUUCUAGAACAUUUUAACAGGUAAUCUGAACAUUUUUGUAAGCAGAACUCGUAGGAGGAUUUGUAGUUUCAUCUUAAGUUUAAGACGUAAACCACAAAUAAAUUACUUUAAUGCCAGCAAUCUUUUUGUUAUAGAUGUCCGUAUUUUAAAAUGAUGUCUAUCUCAUUUGAAAUUAAACUUUUAAUGUGUUUCUUGAUUCUUUUUUUUUUAUCCUCAGCUUACUGUAUUGGAGAAAAUGCAUCGAUUGUUCUACAGCUUUAUUAUAGAUAUACAAUCUUAAAUCAAUGCUACAUCACGUUUUGGAUGUAGAUAGAGCACAAACUCUGUAGUACCCUAGUAGCAAACUCAUGAACACCUUCCAGCAGUGAUCAGCUAUCUCAAGGUUGAAAUGGAUAAAGUCAGAGUAAAGCAAUAAUCAAUGACUGAAUAAUGAUCACUCUUCUUUUUACGGAGACGGAGAAAUGUACAGAUAUUUGGCAUGAGAAACCUCCUGCAGCAGGUUGUGAUAUUUCAGUGAGCUGUUUGUUUGGAGCAUGAACAAGCCAACAGAUCUGACAUUGUAUUGCUCAGUAAUAGAGGUGAUCAUGAUGCUCAGUGCUCUUUUAAACUUAAAGCCCUAUUAACUUUUUUUAAUUCCUAAAUGAUUAUUUCAACUCUUUGUCAUUUUUUUUUGUUUGUUUUGCAUGAUAUCACCUCCAUUAAAGAUUUUCUGAGAAUCA